UUACUGCAAAGCCCGUGAGGGAAAUCGCCGCUCAGGAGCUGCCCCCACAACCUGCCAUUUUUACAAGGAGCUGGAUGCCAUACUUGGGUGUGACCCCACUGCCAAUCUGAGGACCACGAUGGAGAGUUCAGAGCAGGGAGAAGUGGGGGAGGGUGUAGAGGAAGCCGACAGUGAGGCUACUGGCAUGGAGGGAGACACCCCGGAGUCCCAGGAGGCAUGCAGCCAGGAGCUCUUCUCAAGCCAGGAGGAAGCUAGCCAGUCGCAGCAGCUGGAAGUUGCUGGUGAGGAAGAAACUGAGGAGCGUGCUCGGGUGACCUUGACUAAUGCAACCGGAUCACCGGCCUCACGUCGGUUGCAGAACUUGAGAAAAAAUCCGCGAAAAUCAAAAGAAGAAUUGAUCAAAGCAGUUAUGAUUCACUACAACAGAGAAAGUAGGAAGACGCAGGAAUGGAGAGAGAAAAUGUAUGAGUGGAGGCAUACAGAAAGCAGGAGAAAGGAAUUGGCUACCAAAAAAACCUCAAAGCAGAUGAUAAGCCUCCUGGCUCGCCAAACUGAGUCUUUCGAGUCUCUCGUAGCCAUGCAGGCAGAUCUGUACCGUGGUAACCCACACCCCUCCCAAAGCUCUCUUUCUUGUUCCCCAGUAUUUGCACAAAACACCUUUCUCCAGAAGCCAGUUUCUUAUUACUCCCAGCUGCCCCCAACACCUGUACGAUCACCUACCAGCCCUGAUAACUACAAUUCUUACCCUGUGCACUCCACCCCCAUUACCAUGCAGCAUAGUAAUCCUGAAGUGCAGCAGACAUUGAAUAGUAAUCCAAACAGGACAUAUUCAAACCUCUGAAUGUACAGUCCACCACCCUAACCCCCCUGG